AUGUCGUGCCCAGUAAUCGGAACCACAAACGAUGUCCUCCCACCAAACCACCCCUCGGUCGACCUCUCCAAGGACGGCCAAACCUGCCCCGUUGUAGGCGCAAAGACCGACCACCACCACAACUUGCACGCGCACCCACCUGUCCCUACCAACGAGCGCACCGCAACCGAGUGUCCUGCGCUCAAAAACACCGUCAAGGAACCUCGCGCCCAGGAGAUGGACGACGGCCUUUGUCCUGUUGUUGGCACUGCGACAACCGUGCUGCCACCAGACCACCCGGAUAUGCUGAAGGCGAGCGAGGGCGACGUGUGCCCUGUUACCAAGGCUACAGUUGGCCACCACAAGGACAAAGUAGCUACGCACCCAAAUCUGCACGGUGCGGCUGACGGUGCCGUGUGUCCUGUUACGGGGCAGAAGCAGCUUGCGUAGAUACCUGGCUGAGACUUGCACAUCUUUUUUUUUUCCAUUUCCAACAUGGUCGUUUGAAUACAAGAUAUGAAACAGAUAUUGUUGUACAAAUUAUGAUUUUGUUUCCGCUUGUGUUUUCGUGCACGUUUUGCACAAGUUGGGUGUAUCUGCAAUAAGCUUGAUUGUGUCUCACCGCCCUGACUGUUGUACUGUCACAUGUAUUGAUGUACCAUUUAGGAC